GGUGUCACAUCCUCCAGGCGGUUUGGGGACGGGUAUAAAAGCAUUUGCUACGUAGAAGCCUCCUAAUCACUUUUCUUUUACUCUUCUCCUUGGGUGAUCCGGCUCUGCCUCUGCCCCAUGUCUCCCUUCCAUGAGUGCUGCCUCCCCGCAGGCCUGGCAUGCCCCGAGCCCUUCGCCGUGACCUGCAACGACACCUGCGUGAUCAAAUACCCCGACACCAUCGUGGACAUCGUGGAGCCCGACCUGCCCCCCUACUCCGUGAUUUACCCCGGCCCCACCCUCACCACCUUCCCCCAGCAGACCAUCGUGGGAUCCACGGCUCUGCUGGACCUCAGGAAGUUCCUGGGCCCCAGGGGAUCCCAUGGGUUUAGGGGCCAACCUAAACCCUGCCUGGAUAUCUGUGGAUAGACUGAAAAGUACAACUGAGCAGUCAGACAGAGCCCGACUAAGUUUAUGGAUACUGGAUUGUAGAAGUGCCGAGCUCCCGAGGUUCCCAUGGAGUCCAUAAAUCCAUGGAUUCCUGGCACUAGACCUGCCAAAGGACUAGAAUUUCCAAACUACGAGAAAACUGAAAUUUCUCUAUUGACCUCAUUCCAAAUUGGGACGAACCAAAGCCCAGAAUUUCCCAAGAAACAAGAUUUUAAAAAAUAGAUCUCUAUUUUUCUUUUUUUUUUUUUUUUUUUGGUUUGCUAAAAGCUGUGUGUCAAUAAAUUCGUUUUUAUGCCAACCCGGACGUUUUAUUAUCAAUUUCUCUCAAAAUAAAAAAUUAUAAAAUCCAUCCAAAAAAAUACGACUGAAAAUCUUGGGUUCCAAAAUUAAAUUUUAUCCAAAUUCCUCCUCAUUUGUAAAUUUUGCUGAACCAGCAUAAAAAGGAAAUAAAUAAAUCCACUCUACUUGGCAUUUCUGAAAAUUAGGAAUUUGUAGCUCCUUGCUGUGCUUUAUUCCUGCUUAGCCCCGCCUUGUAAUGCUCUCCCAGCUUCUUUUCCUGCCUUUAUCUCAUUUAAUGCGAGCCAGGGGAAAAAAACCCAACCAAAAUCAAAAUAUUUACAGCAAUUGUAAGAGCAAAUCUCUUUGCAAAAUCCUUCUUCUCAAAUCUAUGAAAAUCAUGGGAGUGGGGAUUUGUUGUGGACCCUCCUGAAGUCCUGGAAUUCUUUGAUUUUAUCCUUUCCAGCGAGUUUUGCACUUGUAAAUUGAGCUUCUCAUUCCCAUUAAAUGCUGUCAUGCAGAUGCA